ACCAAAUUUUUGUCGUGAUUUGAUUUUGUUUCCCAGCCAUGUUUUUAGCCGUUUUAAAAUUUUUCCAAAUUUUAUCGACUGUACUAACUUGAAUGUGAAGCUAAAUGUCACAAUUCGCCAGAUUUAUCUUCGAAAUGAUUAAAAUAUUGCCGUGAAAGAAGCGUUAUUCUGGGAAAUCAUCCAUAUUUUCUGAUUCGAUUGUUUAUGCGCCUACGUUUCGUGAGUACGUAUGAAUACUUCAAGUAACGAAGUCAAAAGAUCAAAGAUACCGAAGAAUUCAAAAUGGCGCUCAGUUGAUAAAAAUACUGAACUUUGGCCGUACAUUAUGAAAAAUCUGCGUGGUUUGACGUGUGGGAACAAACAUAUUUGAAAUCAGCAGAUUUUAUUUACCUAAUUCCCGUUUAAAUAUGUUAGCACCGCGGUAGGGGCGACGGAAUUCAAUUUCUAGCCUUAAUUUGGCCACACAGCCAACCGCCUAUAACUCGUCUUUUGUAAUUGACUUCGUUUAUCUGUCCGUAAUAUAUACACUGGACUAUCACGCCAUAAUGAAGAACGAUGUGGUCUUAAUUUUGCAGUUAUACUAUACAACUCCUUCAUCUGUAAAUUCUUCUUGCAGAUCGAGUUAUUCAUAAUGAGCCAUGGGACAUUCCUAAAUUCCAUGUUCCAGCAGCAAAGAAAGAUAUCUGGGAGGAUCAUUUCGAACAAGGUUUAAGACACUUAGAUGAAAAUAAAUCAAAUCUCGCUGAACAAUCGCUCAGUAAAGCCUUAAAAAUCCUAUCUGCUUCUCCAAUGACAAAACACCUUAACAAAGAGAAAGCAACAUGCUUCCACGCUAUGGCGGAAAUCUAUUCAACCCGAGCAUCGCAGCAGAUGGAUGAUGACGGUUUUUGUGAAAUGAUGGUUAAAAGCAUCGCUCUUUUCGAGGCCGAGCGAAUUUACAAGCACGGCAGCUACAAGGCUGACGAGGAAACCGACACAGCCAUCUUCGAAGCAGAAGUAAAGUUCAUUAGUAAAGUAUUUGGGGCUGGUGGUGUCGAUCAUUACAAGAAGAUGGAAAACAAAAAAAAUCUGAAUCGGCAAAAGUUAGAAGAGAUUCGUUUGAAACAAACUAACGAAUAUUUCCCUGCCCUUGACAGACUUCCGGAUUGGAACUCAGGAGACGAAGAAAGACGAUGCCAAGAAAUUGAAAAGAUAUAUAAACAAAUUGAUGAUGAUAUGAAGUGCCUCGUGGUUGAAAUUUUUUCUUAUUGUUGUGAAAUUGCUGGUUCCGCACCCUGCAACUUUUCUAUCAUUGGUCUGGGAUCUAUGUCCAGACAGGAGAUUACUCCAUACUCUGAUUUAGAGUUUGCAAUUCUGGUGAAAUCCAAAAACAAAAGCCCUUCGUCAGAACAACGGCAGUAUUUUCGAUUCCUGACCUACUUAAUUCAAGCGCAAAUCAUCAAAUUAGGAGAAACCAUUUUGCCCAGUGUUGGUAUUUCUAGUUUAAAUGAUUUCUACAGUGGAAAUAUAGAAGAUGACUGGUUUUACGACGAUGUUAUUCCCAAAGGAUUUUCAUUCGACGGUAUGAUGCCAUGGGCCUGCAAGACUCCUCUCGGAAGGAAAGAAUGGCGUGGACAACCUCGGCAAGAGUACAUCAUGACUGUGGAUGAAAUGCUGGCGCUUCAAGAUGUAAUUCCCGGCUCUGCUCUCGAGAGUCUGAAAACCGCAAACGUUUUCAGCAGCGUGUGCCAUCUCUUUGGCGAUGAAGAACUGACAAAGUCCUACAAGCAGAAAUUGUCUUCCCUGGUCACUACCGAGAGGAGGAAAAGUUUUCAAGAACAAGUCAUGGUGAUCAUGCAAAGUUUGCUGAACACCUACAACCUGGGUUCACUGCCUUUACAUCACUGUGGAACGCAACAAGACGUGAAGAAAGAGGUCUAUAGAUUAGCGUGUCUUCUGGUGGAACAAUUGUCAAAAUUUUGGAAUUUUCGGGCGCAGUUCUUGGCGAUGUAUACAUGA